UCGUGCGUCUUCGGAUGACUCAGGCGCCCAGCGGCGACGCCGUAUAUAAAACUCUCCACCCGCCUGCCUGCCGGCAGAGUCAGACUACGAAGAGAAACGGGAGAGAGAGGGAAGGGAUAUAGAUAGAAGAGUCGCUUGAUUGAUUGAUUGAAGGGCGGCAGAUCGAUCCGGAGACAAACUUGGAAGGUUCGCGGCGGGACCAGCUCGGCUCGUGGAUGAUGGGAAAGCUCCGCGGCUCCGUGAUGCCCAUGGAUCCUCUGGGCAAAGCCGGGCUCUUGUGCCAAGCGUGCGGGUUUCUCUUGGUCAACCCGCAACAGGCGGGAUGCGGGCAUCGCUACUGCCGGAGAUGCGUGAAAGGGCUCUUCAGGGACUCAGAGAGAAUAGUCUCCUGCCUCACGUGUAAGGAGAUCUUGCAUCUCAAAGAGUUCCACUCUGACAAAGCAGCAGAGAACGACGCCCUCGACACACAGAUCGGCUGCCCAAAUUUUGACUGCAGGUGGACGGGGACUCUGAAAUCAUACCAGGAGCAUUUAUGCCACCCCGAGGCUCCUAUCGGAACUACAAAAAAUGCCACUUUGAUUCCUGAAGACCAAAAUGAGAAUAAAGAGAAAGAAGCACACUGGAGCGUCACUGCCCCUAUUAUGGGCAGUCCUUCACUGAACAUUGAUGCUGUCCAGCUGCGUAUGGAGGCCCUGGAGCUAAUGGUUGCAUCUUUGCGCCGGCAGCUGAAUCAACAAGUCUCCAAUGUGAAAACUCUCCAACACUCCUGUUCCCAGUAUGAGGAGCUGCUCAAAAAUUCUCAGGAAACACGUAAUAGUCCUCAUGGAGCCAAAGGUUUUGGACCCUCCGUGCAAGAGCUGGCCAGCACUGACGGAAUCUUGAUUUGGAAGGUAGAGAAUUUCUCCAAACUCCUGAAAGAUGCCAAAAGUGGGAAGAGGCAUUCCAUCUUCUCUCCGGCGUUCGCCACCCAUCCUUUCGGAUACCGCCUCUACGUCCGACUGUACCCUGAUGGAGAUGGUGUAGGCAAAGGUGGCCACCUUUCGCUCUUCCUGGCUUUGGCCAAAGGUCCUUACGACGACAUUCUGCCUUGGCCUUUUCGACAGAAGGUCACCUUCUCUCUCUUGGAUCCCACACGAAGGAAGUCACCCCUGAUGGAGACCUUCCUCCCAGAUCCCCAGAGCACCUCUUUCCAGCAGCCUCACCAGAAACUCAAUGUUGCCAGUGGAAGCCCUCUAUUUACCAGCCACGCUGAGAUUCCCAGCUACCUCAAGGAUGACACGCUCUUCCUCAAAAUAGCGGUGGAUCUGACGGGGAUAGACUUUUAAUGCUGGGAAAGAGACGGAGAGAUUUCUAUGGUGAACUUAAGCUGUGUUUCCAUUACUUUUGAUACUUACAUUUUUUUAAUCGAAUCUCUUUCCCCCACCUUUACUACCAUCCAACUGUGUCAACCACAAUUUCUGUUUCAAAACGGACCGUCAACGGAGCUUCUCAGGGUCAUCUAAAACCUACUUGAAAUCACAGGAAAUUGGUCCUUCGUUAUCCUCAGGCUGAGGUUGGGCAUCCAUUAAACAUUACAGCCCUCAUGGGAUUUUUAUAGCCAGCUAUUGGAGAAUGUCUCUUAAACGCAGAGAAAUGUGGGAUAUGUUUUUCAGUGGUCAAGGAUGUCAAAUCGUUAUCAUCAUCGUCCUCUUUUAAUGACCCCAUAAUCCUUUGCUGGGUGGAGUCCCGGGUAACUGAAUGGAGCUGAGUGUUAACUGGCCUGCUGCCCUUCCUGUCACCAAUAUGGAGUUUUGUUCAGCAGAUAUAUUCUCGGUGUGCUCAGAGUGAGAAAUAUCUGCCUGUGAAAUAUCCGUGAACUCACAGCCUCCUGAUUGUUUUGUGAGUGCUGCACCUCUAGGCCAUCGCACCACUCGUCAAGGAUGUCAAAUGCCUUCCUAUGAAUAUCCAAUCCUGAGUAAUAACUACUAUAUUUAUCUGGGAAAAAAGCCCAGCUUCCUCAAGAUCAGAACAUUACAAUGGGACAGUUAAAUUGAUAAACCAGGAAGAUCAGUUUUUGCUAUCUGUUAACCUGUGAUGUGGCAAUCCAAGGGCAUGUUCCUUAUAGACAAAGUAGAAUAAUUUGUAAAAAAUAAUAAUCAUAUCCAAAGUGCAGAUGUUGAGCUCUCUUGUUACAUUGCUUUCAGUUUGUUAAAAACUGAACAUUUGGCAUAAAAAGAUGAAACAGAAAGAUUUUCCACUGAUGAGCCUUUAUGAUAAGUUAUUACGUAUGGGAAUUACAAAAAAAAAUAGGAUGUUUGCAGUGGUAUAUUGUUACUUGUGUAUGUGUGCAUUUGAGUAGUGUUUACCUAUUAAAUAUUAGCAUGGAUUGAAGGAACCUGAUUGUUUUAAAACACCAAUUUUAACUGUUAAUUAUAUCCAUAGCACUAUUUAUGGAAAAGGGACUUUGCAAUAACAACUAAGGAUUUUGAGAUAUAUUAUCCUUAGUCUUGACAUUUUUUUCUACCUCGCAUUCUUAUUUAUUUACAACUCUGGUAUUUAUUAUAUAAGAGUACCUUUGUACUGAUAUGCGAAUAAAACAUUAAAGUAUAUUUAUAUGAUUGAUGAAAAGUGUUUUACGUCGACUAUUAUACAAGAAAAUACUGGAAAUAUAUUAGCGAACUGAUGUUUGAUUUUGCUGUUCCACUA